AUAUUUAUCAAUAGGCACAAAUUUGUAAUUUAAUACCAAUAAGUAAUGAGUGUGGAGGAAGCGGGAGAGGUCUGUAAGGAUCGUAGCAAAUGGAAAUCCAUAGUCUCUGCCUACCCCAAUGGGAAACAGGCGUGAUGAUGGUGAAACUCUUCCUUCCUACCCUCGUCAUCGUAAUUGCUUUGAUAUGCUACGUGUUCUUCAGGCCAUCCCCCCCACUGCCUGAUUUGGACUACCAUAGAUGGUGGGGGUCCAAAGAGACCAGGUCUCGAUUGGACACCAAUGUCAUACCUUUUGAAGUUAAUUUUAGUGAGGAGAUGAUACAAGAUCUGAAAUGGCGGCUCAAGAACCACCAGCCUUUCACGCCUCCCUUAGAAGGAGUAGCCUUCGAGUAUGGCUUUAACAGUGACACCCUCACUGAUUGGCUGAAUUACUGGGCUGAUAAGUACCCGUUUGGAGAGAGGCAAAAAUUCUUCAAUAAAUACCCUCAUUUCAAGACUAAUAUCCAGGGAUUGGAUAUACAUUUUAUCAGGGUUAAACCGAAGGUGAAGCCUGGAGUCCAAAUAGUGCCGAUGUUGCUUUGCCACGGCUGGCCAGGGUCCGUUAGAGAGUUUUACGAAGCGAUCCCACAUCUAACUGCCACCAGUGAAGACAGAGACUUCGCCUUGGAACUUAUCAUACCAAGUCUACCUGGUUUUGGGUUUUCUGAUGCAGCCGUUCGCCCUGGACUCAGCUCAGUAGAUGUGUCGGUAAUCUUCAGGAACCUGAUGAAACGGCUGGGUUAUGACAAGUUCUACUUCCAAGGAGGAGAUUGGGGAGCAUUUGUUGGGUCUGCCAUGGCUACAAUAUUUCCUGAGGAGGUUCUUGGUUACCAUACAAACAUGGUGUUCUCAACGUCUCCACUCAUAUCCUUUCUAACAGCCAUCGGCUCGAUUUACCCGCCAUUAGUUGUAGAAGAAAAAUACGCAGACAGACUGUACCCGUUCUUCUCGAAAUUUCUACCGAAUGUUCUGCAAGAGACCGGGUAUUUGCAUCUUCAAGCCACUAAGCCUGAUACUGUUGGAGUGAGUCUCACUGAUUCACCAGCAGGUUUACUAGCGUACAUCCUAGAGAAAUUCUCCACCUACACCCGUUUAGACCACCGGUCUUUGCCUGAUGGCGGCUUAGAGAAGUUCUUUACCAAGGAUCAGCUAAUCGACAACCUCAUGUUAUACUGGACCACUAAUUCUAUAACCACUUCUAUGAGACUUUAUGCUGAGUCGUUUAACAAGAGGAUUGUUGAUAUGAAAUUGGAUGAAAUCCCAUCACAGGUCCCAGCAUGGGCGCUCCAAGCCCGUCAUGAGAUGUCAUUCCUCCCACCCUGGAUGAUCAAGUUCAAGUUUCCGAAUCUUCUGAACGCGACCAUUUUGGAUUAUGGCGGCCAUUUUCUGGCUUUAGAACAACCUGAGGUAUUCGCUAAAGACGUUUUGGAAGCUGUGAAAGCUUUUAGAGAAUACAGGAAAAAGGUUUAAAUGUAAUUUUGAUUAAAUUAUGUGCGUAAUGUGAUAUUUUUGGACGAUUAAAGUUUUUGCGUUUAA